GGCGGUCAAGAUCCUACAUAAUCAGAUUGGCGAAUCAUUCGUUAAUGUAACUUUAAUCUGUGGUGGGAAAGUCAACUGGUGGGUGGAGUUGUAACCUGAUGUGGAGAAAACCUGAAGCGGCAAAAUACACGAUCUCGAAUCUCUUGUUUCUUACUUACUUACUCCACCAUGGGCAAAAUCGUCAAUCACAACUAUACCCAGAGAUCUGAACCUGCCGGAGGAUUCAAGACUCUAGAAGAGUUCUAUCCCUUUUACCUUGGUGAACACUGCAACCAGAUAAACAGAAGGUUGCAUAUUACAGGAACCACUAUAUCACAGAUCAUAAUUGCAUAUGCUGUCAUUAGACAGAAAUGGAAGUGGAUUCUUGCUGCAGUCGUUCAAGGCUAUGUAUGGGCAUGGGUGGGCCAUUUCAUUUUCGAAAAGAACAAGCCUGCCACUUUUCGUUAUCCCAUCUGGUCGUUUAUCUGCGACUUCAAGUUGUGGAAAGAAGUCAUCAGUGGCCAAAGAGCUUUCUGAUUAAGAGAAUAUUUAAGUAGUUUUGGUGCUAUUACGUCUGGUGCG